CCGCCGCCGCCGCCGUACCUGUCCUUGCGGUGGUGGACCUCACGUCCCCCGGGCAUGAGCCGACCCGCCCGCAGCGGCGUCUCCCGGCCACCGUCCUGCUUGUGCAGCUCCUGCAGCUCCUGCCCGCUGACAACCUCCGAGCACCCACGCCUGCGCGACUGUUGUAAAGAAGAACACUCUAUUCUUUCUGUUAAAAUGAAGUGUGAUUUUAACUGUAAUCCUGUUCGUACCGAACUGAAAGUGGCCAAAUCUGAGGACAGUGGGAGGCAAGACUCUCAUUCCCCGGCGUGUUCAGAAGGUGCAUGUAAGGAUUGCUUUAAAUGUCACGAGAGGUGCCUCGGAUCUCCAAUCCUGAGCCCUCCCAUGGUAGAACUUGAGACCCAAAGCCACUCUUUGAGUAACAAGGAAAAUCAGUGUGUGCAGCAAACUCCUGGUGGUUUGAAUGAAAGCGAACUGGAGGUCAGCAGACUGCACGAGGACAGUGGCUAUGCCUCGUUUACGCUCCAGAGUGGCCUCAGUGACCACGAAGCAGGCAGCCCCGUCCCGGACGAGGGUUUCCGAAGCUGCCCGCGGUCUUGCCUGCCGCGGCCACAGAGUACUCCCCAGUAUCCCAACAAACACUUGCUACCGGCUCUUCAUUUUGAGAAGGUGGUUUGUUCUACGUUAAAAAAGAAUGCCAAGAGAAAUCCUAAAGUAGAUCGGGAAAUGCUGAAGGAAGUGAUGUCCAGUGGAAAUUUUAGACUCCAGAACCUAAUUGGCAGGAAGAUGGGCCUUGAACAUCUGGACAUCCUUAGCGAGCUCUUUCGAAGAGGGUUCAGGCAUCUCUUAGCAAAUAUUUUGACGCGGCUCAGUGAUAUGGACUUAAUCAAUUUGUCUAAAGUGAGCAGAGUCUGGAAGAAGAUUCUAGAAGAUGAUAAGAGCGCCUUCCAGCUGUAUAGUAAAGCCAUACAAAGAAGAGUGUUUGAAAGCAGUAAGAUUUCACUGCAUGCUUCAACCAGAGAGUAUGCUAUGAUCAGAACUGCAUUAGCUUCUGUCCAGAAGUCAACAGCCUGGGCUCCCCCCAGAAAAGAUGCUCUGGCCAAGUCAUCCAAUCAGAGGGAUCCGAAAAAUUCUACUCACAGUCGGCACAAUGAAUUCUUUGAGGUUGCCAAGACAUUGAAAAACAAUGAGAGCCUCAAAUCCUGUAUUCGCUGUAAUUCACCUGCAAAGUAUGAUAGCUAUUUACAUCGUGCCGUCUGCAAACGGGAAGGCUGUGGGUUUGAUUACUGUACACGGUGUCUCUGUGCCUAUCACAGCACCAAAGACUGUGCGAACGGCAAGCUCCUAAAAGCCAGUUGUAAAGCGGGCCCCUUGCCGGGAACUAGAAGAAGCAAAAAGAAUUUACAAAGAUUGUGACCAUGUACUAAAUUACUCCUGGAGGAUCAUGAAGGCUAGUUAGGAAAUGUUGAGUUUUAACUUAAAAAUGACUGUAUUAUGGUUAUUGAUUUUUAUGUAGCAUUGGGGGUUCUUUCCCCCCAAGUGAACCAGAGGGUACAACCUCUUUAAAUAACUUGCGGUUUGAUGUUUAAAAAUCCAAAAUUCUCAGUGUAAAUUCAAAACUACUCAAAUACCUUAUGAGAAAAGGAAACCUAGCUACUUAACUACUUCAGGAGAAAAGAGGGUAAAAUAAAAUUAAUUGGAUUUUAUGGAAAAGAAGACCAUGUAAUUUUAGCUGAAGGUGUGAACACAAUUGCCAUGGACCAUCUUAGCAUUCGAUGCAGGCUUUACCAAAUUUUAUGUGAUAUCAACUUUAAGUCUGUUAAUUUAAAUGUAUUUGUCUUCUCUGUCACCUUACUUGAACCUUUUUUUUCAAUGUUACCCUAAAAACUAUCCUUUGUAAGAUCUUGCUGUCUUCCUUAUUUUCUGAAGUCUGUUUUAAUAUUUUUAUACAUGUAAAUAUUUCUCUAUUUUUAUGUGCCAAAGAAAAUAUAUGCAUGUAAAUAAAUUUUGUUAUGAAUAAAAUUGUUACAAGUUUGAUAAA